GCUGCCUGGAGCGCGGCGGUGUUUCUCGGCGCGCUUCUUCUUCUUUUUUCACCCCCCUCUUCCCUGCAGAGGGAGGCGCCUUUGGAAUUAAACCCUUUCGUCGCCUCCCCUCUUUUCUCCGCCGUCGCCUCGAGAGAGGAGCUUUGGGAAAGGCGCUGCGAAGGAGGGAGGAGGAGGCGGAGGCGGGCUUGCCAGGAUGGCGACGGUGGUGCUGGAACCCGAGUCGGAGCCGUCUUGUAGCCUUCCCACCGCGGUCCCCCCUUCGCCGAGCCUGUCGCACCGUUUUCUCGACAGCAAAUUUUAUCUGCUGGUUGUGGUGGGCGAGCUGGUCACAGAGGAGCAUCUGAGAAGAGCCAUAAGCAAUAUAGAGCGAGGUCAGAAAAUCCUUCACCACAGAAGUGAAAUUUUAGAAACUGUUGUGCUGAUUAAUCCUUCAGAUGAAGCUGUCAGCACUGAGGUGCGUUUAAUGAUAACAGAUGCUGCACGACAUAAACUUCUGGUACUAACUGGGCAGAACUUUGAAAACACAGGCGAACUCAUUCUUCAGUCAGGAUCUUUCUCAUUUCAGAAUUUCAUUGAGAUCUUCACAGACCAAGAGAUUGGAGAAUUAUUGAGCACUACUCACCCUGCCAACAAAGCCAGUUUAACACUUUUCUGUCCUGAGGAAGGGGACUGGAAGAAUUCAAACCUUGACAGACACAACCUUCAAGAUUUCAUCAACAUUAAGCUGAAUUCUUCUUCGAUUUUGCCUGAAAUGGAAGGGCUUUCUGAAUUCACAGAAUACUUGUCAGAGUCAGUGGAGGUACCAUCUCCAUUUGAUAUUUUGGAGCCGCCAACCUCAGGAGGCUUUCUGAAACUUUCUAAGCCUUGUUGUUACAUUUUCCCUGGUGGAAGAGGAGAUUCCGCACUGUUUGCUGUGAAUGGAUUCAACAUGCUUAUCAACGGAGGAUCAGAGAGAAAAUCUUGUUUCUGGAAACUCAUCAGGCAUUUGGACAGAGUAGAUUCAAUUUUGCUCACUCACAUUGGAGAUGAUAAUUUGCCAGGAAUUAACAGCAUGUUGCAACGGAAAAUGGCAGAAUUGGAAGAGGAGCAGUCUCAAGGCUCUACUACCAAUAGCGACUGGAUGAAAAAUCUAAUUUCACCUGAUUUGGGAGUUGUAUUUCUUAAUGUUCCUGAAAGCCUAGGAAACCCUGAUCCUAAUUUGCAAUUAAAAAGAAGCGUAGAAGAGGCUUGUUUUACGUUGCAAUACUUAAACAAGCUAUCCAUGAAACCAGAACCUCUCUUUAGAAAUAUAGGAAACAACACUGAGCCCAUUAUCCUUUUUCAAAAAAUGGGUGUAGGGAAACUGGAAAUGUAUGUGCUUAACCCAGUCAAAAACAGCAAAGAAAUGCAAUAUUUCAUGCAGCAGUGGACGGGUACGAACAAAGAUAAAACUGAACUGGUAUUACCAAAUGGUCAAGAAAUAGACAUCCCAGUUUCCUACCUGACUUCGAUCUCAUCAUUGAUUGUAUGGCAUCCAGCAAACCCUGCUGAAAAAAUCAUCCGAGUUCUUUUCCCAGGGAACAGUACACAGUAUAGCAUAUUAGAUGGCCUAGAGAAGCUCAAACAUUUGGACUUCCUUAAACAACCCAUAGUGACACAAAAAGACUUAAGUGGUAACCUGACAAGUCCAGCAGUGAAGCAGACAAAACCGAAGCAGAGAGCAGACAGUAAAGAAAGUCUCAAGCCAAUCACUAAAACACUGUCUACAAAGACGCUCAGAAAAGAAUCAAAAGAGGAGGCCUCUGACACAGGGAAAUCUAGCCCACCAGAAAAGGCUCCGAAAGUAGAAAAACCCGUCGUAAAAAAAGAAAAACCAGCAAAAAGUGAAAGUAGGCUCUCUGUCACUGAAAAAGACCUAACGGCAAAGGAGCAACAAAUGGUGAAAUCUGAAACUAUUGAAAAACAAGCCACCGAUGUGAAACCGAAAGUAAUAAAGGAGAAGCAUGUGAAAAAGGAAGUGAAAGUAAAAUCUGAAGAAAAACUAGAGGAGAAAGAGAAGUCAAAGAAAGAGGUGCCUAAGAAAGAUGAAAAAUCCCAGGCCAGGAAAGAAGAAAAGCCUAAAAAGGACGAUUUGAAGAAAGAAAUAAAGAAAGAAUCUAAAAAAGAGCCAAAGAAAGAAGCUGCUGCAAAAGAAUCCAAAAAAGAAGAGAAAAAGGAAGUGAAAAAGGAAGAAAAGAGGGAAAUCAAGAAACUUCCUAAGGAGGUAAAGAAGACCUCUGCUGCUUUGCCUGAAUCAAAGAAGAUUACAGCAAAGUCAAAACCACAGAAGAAGGAAGAACCCAUUAAAAAAGAAAGUGGACUUGCUGGAAAACCCAAAGAAAAAGCUAAAAGCAAGCCAGUGAAGAAAGAGCUCAAAGUGGCAGAAAAAUCAGCUGCGGCAGUGACUGUUUUGGGAGCUGGGGCUGCAGCAGUAGCAGCUGGAAGCCUAGCAGUCGGUGGGAAAGAACUUGAAGUUGAGAGGUCACUUAUGUCCUCACCAGAAGACUUAACAAAAGAUUUUGAAGAACUAAAAGCAGAAGAAGUUGAAGUUGUGAAGGAAACAAAGGAAGAUAAAGUUAAAAAUGAAAGCCAGCCAACUGGCAUAGAACAAGAGGAAGAUUAUACAGUUCAAAAGGAAAAAAUAGCAGGUCCAACUCAUUCUCCUGAUGAAGAUAUCACCGCUGCAGAACCUGAGGGAGAAUGUGAACAAACUCCUGAAGAGCUGGAGUCUGUGGGAAAGGAGAAGGUUGAUGAGAGUGAAAAAUUUGAAGAGGAAGGAGCAGGUUUUGAAGAAUCCUCUGAGGCAGGUGACUAUGAAGAAAAGGCUGAGACCGAGGAGGCAGAAGUACAAGGGGACAAUGAAGAAGUGCCAACAAGUUUCAAAAAGCAAGGCAUAAAGGAUAUCAUUGAACCAGAGGAGAUUGAAAAAGAAAUGAUAGAAGCACCCGAGAAUGAAAAAAUGAAAGGGUUAAUGUAUGACAAAAAAGCAGACUUUAGAAUGGAGUAUGAAGAUCACUAUGAGGAAAAUUUAGAAGAAACAACAGUUGAAAAGGCAGAAACAGAAGACACUGAAGAAGACAUUGAGGAAGACAAAACUGAGGAGGUCAAAGAUGAAGAGGAAACUGAAAAAAUACAAGCUGAAGGGGAUUAUGUCAUGGCUGUAGUAGACAAAGCUGCUGAAGCUGCUGAAAUGGAUGAUAAAUAUGCUUUGCCUAUAACUACUCCAACUAAGUUGUCAGAAUCUCCAUCUCCGGCAAAGGAACCGGCAUCUUCAAUCCAAGAUGAAACUCUACCUGGUGGGUCAGAAAGUGAAGCAACUGUUUCAGAUGAAGAAAACAGAGAAGACCAGCCUGAGGAAUUCACUGCUACUUCAGGUUAUACCCAGUCCACUAUUGAAAUAUCCAGUGAACCAACUCCAAUGGAUGGAAUGUCAACUCCACGAGAUGCAAUGAGUGAUGAAACAAACAACGAAGAAAGUGAAUCUCCUUCCCAAGAAUAUGUUAACAUUACUAAAUAUGAGUCAGCACUCUAUUCUCAAGAUUUUGCUAGACCUAAAGUUGCUCCUCUUCCUGAUGCUUUUAAUGGAGCAUCCGAAGGAUCAAAAACAGAUGCUACUGAAGGCAAAGACUAUAAUGUUUCAGCUUCUACCAUUUCACCACCUUCUUCAUUAGAGGAAGAUAAAUUUAACAAAACUUCCUUCCAGGAUCUGUAUCAUCAUCGGGAAAAUGAAUUCAAAACUGUUACUAAAUUAGACAUUUCAGAAACUUGGGAUGAGAAGAUUAGCCCAACUAUAGAUGAAAGUCCAGCCCCACUAUCACCAGUUGCUAAAACACCUCUUAGCGAGCGUAGUGUGAACUUUUCUCUAACUCCCAAUGAGAUUAAAACAGCAACUGAGCCUAUAUCUCUAACAGCACUGCCAGAAAAACAUCACGAAACCCAGGAAGAACAAUGCCCCAGCCCUGAUGAUAAAACAUUAGAAGUGGUAUCCCCUUCACAAUCGGCUGCUGGAAGUGCUGGUCACACUCCGUAUUACCAAUCUCCCACUGAUGAAAAAUCAAGCCAACUUCCAACUGAGAUUCCUGGAAAAACAACUGAAGUACCAAUCAGUGUUGAAGUUAGUGAAGCCAAAGAUAAUGUUGCAAAACACAGAAUAAGCCCAAUGGAUGAACCAGUGCCUGAUUCUGAAUCGCCUUUUGAGAAAGUGCUUUCACCUUUACGAAGUCCACCACUUAUUGGUACAGAAUGUUCUUAUGACACAUUUUUAAGUGCUGAUCUAAAAUCUCUCAAAGAAACUGAAAUUACCUUUGAAAAGAAAGGGGAAACAGAUGAUUCUGUGUUGCAGAAGAGCGAAGUUUCUGAAAUUACUUCGACAAACAUUUUCGAAGAGCAGCAGGAUGAAAAAGAUUUGGAGCUGACACCUCCAAAAUCAGACAUUCUCCUAGAAAAGAAAAAGGAUGAUUUAGAAACUUCAGAAAUUCAUUCCGCAUUAGUUUUGGAUGAGAGGAAGCUGGCAGAGGUUUCUCCUACUCAGGUGGAUAUUAGUCAUUUAGGCUAUUUCAAAGAGGACACUAAAAUGUCAAUAUCUGAAAGUACUGUCUCUGAUAAAUCUGCAACUCCUGUUGAUGAAGUUGUAGCAGAAGAUACGUAUUCCCAUAUUGAAGGAGUUGCGUCUGUUUCUACAGCAUCUGUUGCUACUAGUUCAUUUCCAGAACCAACCACUGAUGAUGUAUCUCCUUCGUUACAUGCUGAGGUUGGAUCUCCUCAUUCUACUGAAGUUGAUGAUUCUCUUUCUGUGUCUGUUGUACAAACACCAACUACAUUUCAAGAAACAGAAAUGUCUCCAUCUAAAGAAGAGUGUCCAAGACCAAUGUCUAUUUCUCCACCAGACUUUUCUCCUAAAACAGCAAAGUCAAGAACACCAAUACUAGAUCAUAGAUCUCCUGAACAAUUGACUAUGUCAGUAGAAUUUGGACAAGAUUCACCUGAACAGUCUUUGGCCAUGGAUUUUAGCAGACAGUCGCCUGAGCAACCCAUAGUAGGUGCUGGUGUGCACCAUAUAUCUGAAAAUGGUCCCACAGAAGUUGAUUUUAGCCCUUCAGAUAUGCAGGAACAUGGAUUUCCAAAUAAAAUAUCACCAGUGGAACAAGUAUGUUUUAGCAACGAGAAGGAUAUUUCAGAAAUUAUUUCAGUUUCUCAAAUAGAGGCUUCACCUUCACCUUCCACUUCCUCUGUUCAUACACCUUCACAGGCGAGUUCUCCUCUGCAAGAAGAAAUGCUAUCAGCUGUUACACAGCCUAGUGAUAUGCCAUUACAUUCUACAUUUCCAUCAGAAAAAAUGCAAAGCUUGGGAGAGAAACUCUCACCAAAGUCUGAUUUAUCUUCAUUGACACCACGGGAAUCUUCUCCUUUGUAUUCACCUAGUUUUUCAGAUUCACCACCCGUAAUGAAAGAAACAAUGGCUGCUUCUCAGUCAUCACUAUUAUCACUGCACGUAUCCCCAGACAAACUGUUUGGCUAUCAUACAUCAAUAGUUCAAGACCCUGAGACAAAACAUGGCCAAGAGCUUCUAGCAUCUGAGGAUCAGGAGGAUACUGAAGAAACAUCCAUAUCACCAGAACCGCUUAUUUACUCUUAUAAGGAAACUGGAAGUACCACUAGGUCACCUGAGACUGUAAGUUAUUCCUAUGAAAAAACAAAGGAAGUCACUGAAUCUCCUGAAACCUUUGAUUACAAUUAUGCUGCAACAAAGGAAAUCACCAGAUCAAUAGAGGCAGAUAGUUAUUCCUACGAAAAGACUGAAAAAACUACCAAGUCACCAGAAGUCCUUGAUUAUUCUUAUGAAAAAUCCUCCAAACUAUCAGAGUCUGUCCAUUAUCCAUUUGAGUAUGCAGAGAAAGCUAUCAAAUCACCUGACAUUUCAACUUAUAGCUAUGAGAAUGACAAAUACUUUGUUUCAGAAAAAUCUGAAAUCCGUCAAGAUGUUGAUUUAUGCCUUGUCUCAUCCUGCGAGUACAAGCAUCCUAAAACAGAACUGUCACCUUCUUUUAUAAAUCCUAACCCUUUAGAAUGGUUUGCAAAUGAGGAACAAUCUCAAGACCAAGAAAAGCUGUUAAUUCAGUCCGGAGGUGCUCCACCACCCUCUGGAGGAAAGCAGCAAGCUCGACUGUGUGGUGAAACACCCCCAACUUCUGUAAGUGAAUCUGCUCCGUCACAGACCGACUCGGAUGUACCCCCUGAAACAGAAGAGUGUCCUUCCAUUACAGCAGAUGCUAACAUUGAUUCAGAAGAUGAAUCUGAAACGAUACCGACAGAUAAAACGGUUACAUAUGAACACAUUGACCCUCCCCCAGUCCCUGUUCAAGAUCGCAGCCCUUCACCCAGGCACCCAGAUGUCUCCAUGGUAGAUCCAGAGACAUUACCUAUUGACCAGAAUCUAGGGAAGCCUUUGAAAAAAGAUCUGAAAGAAAAAACAAAAACAAAAAAGCAGGGGACUAAGACCAAAUCUUCUUCUCCUGCCAAGAAGAGUGAUAGCAAACCUAAGCAAGUAGCUUCUCCAAAACCUGCUGGCUUGAAGGAAUCAUUAGAUAAAGUUUCCAGAACAGCUUCUCCAAAGAAGAAGGAGUCUGUGGAGAAAGCUGCCAAAAAUAUAUCUACUCCAGAGAUAAAAUCAUCUCAUAAUGAAGAGAAAGAUAAGGAAACUAAGAAUGCCGCCAAUUCUACAACAUCAAAGUCAGCAAAAACCACAACUUCAGG